CAGUAGCGCCGCUGCGGCCGCUGCGAGAGGCAGCACGGGCUAUGUGACGUCACCUGGGGGAAGUCCCUCGCGGCGCGCGCAGACGUACGAUGACGUGACGGCAGCGCGGCGGGCGAGAUGAGCUCCCAGCCGCCUUCGGCGCCGCCCCCGUCCGGGGGCGGAGGCCCGCCGCCGCCGGCCACGACGGCGCCCUCCGCGCCUCCCGCGUCGCCGCCCCCAGUGGCCGUGGCGGUUCCCACGCCGCCGCCGCCGCCCCCCACCGAGCCCAGCAGCCUCAACUCGGGCUACGGCAGCGGCGACGAGACCACCAGCCUGCUGGCGCCCGCCUCCGGGGGCGGCGGGGGCGGCGUCGUGGGCGUGUCGGCGCCGCACACCAAGCCGGUGCUGACGCGCCAGGACUGCGCCUCCAGCUUCCCGCUGUCCGAGGACGGCGCGCGCUCCGUGCCCGACCUCGAGAUGCACUGCAGGCUCGACGCCGGCUGCCCCGCCAGAGGGACGCGGAGCGCGGCGCCGCUGCCGCCGCCGCCGCAGCACGUGGCCGCGCAGCCGGGCCACGCGCGCUGCCGCUGCGAGAUGCUGGCGCCGGCGCCGCUGCGGUCUGCGUCUCGCGAGAGCGUGCGGCAGCCGCCGUCCGUGCUGCUCAGCGCCUCGCCCUGCCACGGCGCCGCGCGCGUCGUGCGCCAGAGCUCCCAGCCCGAGCCCGCCGCGCCGUGCAGCGGCCACUGCGCGCACCACAGCGCCGGCAGCGCCUCGCUGCGCCAGCUGCGCGAACCGGCAGACGGCAUUGCCGGCAUCGCCGCCGACUCGCUGCGCAUCAACGGCGCCAUCCGGCAGUUCAAACAGCUGCGCAAGCCCGUGUCGACGCUGUCGAUCCCCGCGGCGAUGAAGGGCGCCGGGGGCGGCGGCCGGGGGCAGGAGGGCUCAGCCGGCGAGGAGGCGGGCAUCGCCCUGGUGGGCGUCCACUCAGAGUUCCCGCGCUACACCGAGGAGCGCGCCGGGCUGUGCAAGGGCGGCUCGCUGGACAGCGCCGGCCACGGCCACGGCGGGGGCGGCGGCGCCGGCUCCGCCUCUGCGCAGGGCGCCGCCCCCGGGAAGCACAAGCCCAACGUCGGCUACCGCCUCGGCCGCCGCAAGGCGCUCUUCGAGAAGCGCAAGCGCAUCAGCGACUACGCGCUCGUCAUGGGCAUGUUCGGCAUCAUCGUCAUGGUCAUCGAGAACGAGCUGUCCAGCGCCGGCGUCUACAAUAAGGCGUCCUUCUACUCGACGGCGCUCAAGACUCUCAUCUCCGUGUCGACCGUCAUCCUGCUCGGCCUCAUCGUCGCCUACCACGGGCUGGAAGUCCAGUUGUUCAUGAUCGACAACUGCGCGGACGACUGGCGCAUCGCGAUGACGUGGCAGCGCAUCACGCAGAUCAGCCUCGAGCUGGCCAUCUGCGCGGUGCACCCCAUCCCGGGCCAGUACUACUUUCUGUGGACGACCAAGCUGGCCAACCGCGGCGGCAACGUCGGCUCGUGCUGGGUGCCGUACGACGUGACGCUGUCGCUGCCCAUGUUCCUGCGCCUCUACCUCAUCUGCCGCGUCAUGCUGCUGCACAGCAAGCUCUUCACGGACGCCAGCUCGCGCUCCAUCGGCGCGCUCAACCGCAUCAACUUCAACACGCGCUUCGUGCUCAAGACUCUCAUGACCAUCUGCCCCGGCACCGUGCUGCUCGUCUUCAUGGUCUCGCUCUGGAUCAUCGCCAGCUGGACGCUGCGCCAGUGCGAGAGGUUCCAUGAUGAGGAGCACGCCAACCUCCUAAAUGCCAUGUGGCUCAUCGCCAUCACGUUCCUGAGCGUUGGCUUCGGAGAUAUCGUGCCUAACACAUACUGCGGGAGGGGCAUCGCUGUAACUACAGGCAUCAUGGGAGCAGGCUGCACUGCGCUUCUUGUGGCAGUGGUGUCCAGGAAACUGGAAUUAACUAGGGCAGAAAAGCACGUCCAUAAUUUUAUGAUGGACACGCAACUGACAAAAAGGCUGAAAAACGCAGCAGCAAAUGUGCUGAGAGAAACGUGGCUCAUUUACAAGCACACGAGGCUAGUAAAACGAGUCAACCCAGGACGUGUACGCACGCACCAGCGAAAGUUCCUCCUUGCCAUUUAUGCCUUGAGAAAAGUGAAGAUGGACCAACGAAAACUCAUGGAUAAUGCCAACACGAUAACUGAUAUGGCAAAGACACAAAACACUGUCUACGAGAUUGUAUCGGAUAUGAGUGGAAGGCAAGAUGCACUGGAGGAGCGUUUGUCCAAUUUGGAGGACAAACUAACAGCUAUCCAGGAGCAGUUGGAAUCACUGCCCGAGACUCUAGCCCGGUGCCUCACGCAGCACUCUGAACGGCAGGAACAACGACGCAACUUCCUCCACCCCGAGUCCGCACUCUCGGCGCAGCCCGCGGCUGCCCCGGCCACCCCCCUCCUACUGGGGCCGGCACCGCUGUCACUACCACACUCGCGCAGUGUGCCCAACCCAUGGCCUCCGAGCCCUAUCGUACCUCCCAUCAGCAGCCGCACACCACACCUCGUGCCCACGCCGCCUGCACCGAGUGCCCCUUCGACCAGCUGAGAGGAUGACAACUCUCGUGUGCCUGUUUUCUUCCUAUUUGGUUCUCCUGAGAUUGCAAAUGAAAUUUAUUUGUGAUAUACAGUCUGCUCCUAAUGAAGCAAAUACUCAGCAAUGGUGAACUUACAAGCUACUCUCUGUGUUAAUUUUUCAAACGUAGGCCCUUAUCCUUAUUACUGCAAACUUGCAGAACUUGUCAAGUGUCAUUAAUACAAAAUGUAUAUAUGUUUUAAGUUACAGCAAAUGGUAAUUAUUUGUGAGAUACUGAACUACCAUUUGUGCAGAUUAAUUUGUGACUAUCCAUUAUAUUCGUAUAACAGUGUGGGACUGAGUAUCAUACAAAGAAGCUAAAACGAGUACAAAAGUGCUGUUAUAAAGGAAUUUCAAGUUAAAAUAAGGUAAAUAUACAUUUUGUAUGUACAUGCUGAAAUGUAAAUUAACACUAUAAAUGUAAGAAAAAUUACUCAUUAUUUUAUAUGUAACAGUCUACAAGAAAUAGCUUAAGUAACAACUCGGUACUACUCUGCCGUGGUUUCUGCACCACACACUAGACACAAGAAAUUCUCUCUUUUUGCCUAUUCUGUUAUAAUUAAUGAGUUUUACAACAGUAAGGCUUUGUGUUUCGUCCACAUGAAAGCACCAACACUUUAUCUCAUGUUAUUGAUUUGACAUCACGUGGGCUAGAAUUUUAUUUUUUCCAAUGUUUUUCAAUUUAUAUUUUUUGUUCAUAGUAAUCCUGUACCCUGGUAGUCAUUUUUCCUGUUUCUCUGCAGCAUGUUAUUUUAUACUUGUUGCAUUAUGCUGCAAGAUAUCCAUAUAUUUUUUCCCUUUAAUUUCCACGUUUUAUUAUCUUUACUACAAUUACAAAUUUCUAGCCUAGAACUGAAUUUAUGUUUAUAUAGUUAUUCCUUAAAUAUCAAUACUUACUCCAGAGACAUGAAGUGCUGGUCUCUCUCUUCCUUUCAUACUACAGAAUUAGUAAGCAAGGAAAGACUUCAGCAAAACAUCUUAUAUUCUGGUGAAAAUGUGUACCACCUAGGCCUACUUUGAUCAAUUUUGUUGUUAUUCUUCUUCUUCAAUUAUUUUUUGACCCAGAGAUCAUAAGAUUGUUAAAGAAGAAUGCUGUUAUAUCUGUUGGAAGUUACAGGCUGAAGUAUCAUGAUUCAAAUGAUAUGCUUGUAAGACACUGUCCCCAGAGUAGUAACUGCCAAUAAUUCUUCCAACUGAACACUAUAAAUGGACUUAAACAAAUGGUGAUUAAGUAGUAAAUAGUAAUUCUUGUGGGUAAUACUUAGCCCUACAGAAUAUACUAAUUACAUUCAUUGCUCUUGGUAUGUGACUUCCUCUUGCCACACCUUUCACACCUCAGCUGGUUAAUUUUAUUUCUGCCAUUUGUAAUGAUUCAUCAAAUAGGUUGAAGUUUAUAUUUUAGUAUAAUUGCUGCUAGUUUCUCAUUAUACAUUGUUAUUAAUUGGGUGAAGCUUAUUUAUUGUUCUGUCUCUGACUUUACUGUAUUGCUCCUUCCUUAUUUCUGACGUUAUCAUGUAAUCUAGAGACUGAACGUCCUCUUUGCAACAUCACUGUUUCCAAUUUACACCACAGUUUUACUCUUACAUGCAUAUGGACUGUAAUAAUCAUAAUGAUUCCUGUUAUUAAGAUAACUACAUUUUAUUCAUUAGAGCUCUUUGUAUCGUGUAACUGUGCACCAAGUGUAUAUAUUUAUCAUCAUCUUCAUAUCAAUCACAUACAUUGUGCCUUAGUAUUCAGAGUUGUUGCAUAACACUGCUUAGCAAGGUAUGAUGAAAGCAUUGUGCAACACUAUGGAUUUUACUGUUUCCAUUAUUAUUUUAAAUACAAAUCUGGAAAAAUGUUCAAAUACUGGUUUCCAUAAGUAAGAUUGUUAUGAACAUGAGAAAUAUAACUUCAAGUAAUAUUUUGACACAAUUAAAAUAGAAGUUGCAGGUUCCAAUGUCUGCACAUUCUUAUCACCUAGGGCGUUGUCCAUUAUAAUUUUUUAUUUACAGUAUGUGUAAACCAUGAGAACCGUUUUAUGUAAUAUUUUUUGAAGUUUCGUGUAAUGUCCUAGUACUGAGAUUUAAUACAAGCUGUUUGCAUUAGCAAUAUAUUUAAUGAAUUUAAGUGUAUACCACACAGCACAGUAAUCUAAUCAUAAUUAAGAUUUCUUCUGGGAGUACUUGUAAGCAAGACCUAAUUUCUUGCGAGUAAUUUUCACUACAGGCACUUUAAGAACAUAUAACAAUCAAUGGAGCAGACUGUCAAGUGAAAAGAGUACUUCUGUUGCAAUUACAUUAUUUAUUGAAAACCAGGAGAGCUACUGUCCUCAUUCCACAAGUAACAUUAUUCAUUUACUAUUAAUGAAACAGAGACGUUUUCUGUGCCAUUUUCUACCUGCUCAAAUGACUAUAAUGCACUAACUGUUCUGAAUGAUUAUGUGAAAAUUCAAGGAGAGUGUGUUAAUGGACAGCAACACAAAACUUUUGUGCCCUUGAUAACAAUUGUGAUGAUAUUUAUGGCCUUGACAAUGGCUAAUGUUUAUUUUCAUGAGCAUAUUUCAGUUGAGUGAUAUGAGUGAGUAUCCUAAGUGAAUGAGAAGUGUGAAAAGCAUUAACAGUGUUGAAUACUGUUUAAGUGUGAUAACAGAACUAAUAUGUCAUAACUAUUCUCAGCAAUUGCAAUUUUUAUACAAGAAGCCUUCCAUAAGUGAUGCCAUCUUCUUAAAUGGUUACUUCCUCAGCCUAUUUAAAUUUACUUGUUAUUCAAGUUGAGGAACACACAUAAAUAAAUAAGAAUGCCAGCCCAGGAAUGUGGAACAUGUUAAAUAUUUCCUGUAAUCAUAUUCUGAUGUGGUGUGGCUAUCAUAAAAAAGAUUUAUUUUAGUAAUAAUAGAUUUGUUAAAUUGAGUCAUACUCAGAGCUGUAUAAAAAUACAUUUAUUUUGAAAUCAGUUAGAGUACUGCAAAAAUAGCCAUUAAAAUGUUGAAUCUUUGACAAAUUUUAGGCAGAAUAAAUUAAUUGUAAUGUCAUAAUAACGGAAUAGUAUUUUGAAUGGCUCUUUCAUUGAACUUGACUAGUUAAAGAGCUUUGUCUCUCGCAUGAAAUAAAAUUAAUUGCUUGUGCUAUUAAAUCUUUUAGGCUAGAAGGGAUAUAUGCAGAUUAGAAAUAUAGAAGGUAAGUUUCUGCUGAGUAAUUCAGAAUAAAACACCAAUUAUGUGUAGUUACUAUUUUUCAAGAUUCUUAUUCCAAACCAGAUAAAACAUUAAAAUUUAUUUUUUUAAAUUUUUCAAAUAUAACUACACAAAAUAUUAUAAAUGCAUAUCUUUACAAGAAAAGAAAAAAUAAAUUAAAAAAAAAAAAAAAAGUA